AUGGCUUGCGAUACGUUCAUCAAAGUGGCGCACAAAUGUAAACGUCAUUUUGUUGUGACACAAGCUGGCGAGAGUGGCCCUUUCAUCGAUGAGAUCCUGAGCAGCCUGAAUUCGAUCAUUUGUGACUUGUCGCCACAGCAAGUGCACGUUUUCUAUGAAGCUGUUGGCUGUCUAAUCUCGGCGCAGAAUGAGAGUGUUAUUCGCGAAAACCUGAUCGAGCGUCUGAUGCAGUUGCCGAAUUCAAUUUGGGAAGAAAUCAUCUCGCAUGCUAGUCAGGAUAUCACCGUGAUGCGAGAGCAUGAGGUUGUGAAGAAUAUUUUAAAUAUUCUGAAAACGAAUGUUUCUGCUUGCCGUACAAUCGGGGAACCAUUCAUCUGUCAGCUAUCGAAAAUCUAUUUGGAUAUGCUGAACGUCUACAAAGUAAUAUCUGAGAGUAUCAGCAGUUUUGUGAGAGAAUCGGGCGAGGGCGCUCUCAAGCAACCACUACUCAAACACAUGCGAGCUGUCAAACGUGAAAUACUGACGCUUAUUUCUACAUGGGUCAGCAGAACGCAGGACUCCUACGUGCGUUUUCAAAUACUGUUAUCCUCGAAAAUUUCGUUCCACCACUGUUUGAAGCCGUUCUUUUCGAUUACCAGCGAAAUUGCCCGGCAGCGCGUUAUCCUCGAAAAUUUCGUCCCACCACUGUUUGAAGCCGUUCUUUUCGAUUACCAGCGAAAUUGCCCGGCAGCGCGUGAGCCAAAAGUGCUCUCACUGCUCUCAAUCAUCGUCACGCAGUUACAGUCCACCAUCAACUCGGAAGUGAUUCGUAUUCUGGAUGCUGUGUUCACGUGCACGCUGGAAAUGAUCAAUCGUGACAUGGAGGAAUUCCCGGAACACCGUCUGAAUUUCUUCAGCCUGCUUCAAGCGCUCACUCGUGAAAGCUUCAAAGUGCUAAUAUCGCUUCCGCCGGAGCUCUUCCGCUUGAUUGUGGAUGCCGUAGUCUGGGCUUUCAAACAUACGAUGAGAAAUGUUGCCGAAAUUGGCAAGUCACUUAUACUUUCGUAA